AAGAGAAGGAGGGAGGUCGGGAGGAUGCAUAGAGGGAGUGACCGCCUUGUCGCACUCCCUCGCGUAAACACACGGAGGAAAUCAUCUCAACAGUCGCAACAAAGUGUCGUUUACCUGCUCUCUUCCUCCGGGAGACGAAAGGUUGGGAUAUUAUGGCCGCACUUUCGUCACAGAUCCGAGGACUUUCGUGCGACGAGAGUGAAUCCAGAAUCCUUAAAGUGAAAGUUAUUGCAGGGAUGCACCUGGCUAAAAAAGAUAUACUUGGGGCAAGUGAUCCGUAUACAAGACUGUCACUCUAUGAUCCCAUCAGCGGGGAAAUAGCAAGUGUCCAGACUAAAACAAUUAAAAAGUCACUGGAUCCAAAAUGGAAUGAGGAAUUCUAUUUUAGAGUCCAUCCCAGGAAGCACCGCCUGCUGCUGGAGGUGUUUGAUGAGAACCGCCUGACACGUGAUGACUUUCUGGGACAGGUGGAUGUUCCUCUCAAUCAGAUACCAACAGAAAAUCCUAAUGCACAAAGGCCUUACACAUUCAAGGAUUUUCUGCUUCACCCCAGAAGUCACAAGUCCAGAGUUAAGGGCCAUCUGCGACUCAAAAUGACCUACAUGCCAAGAAACGGGGGUUCAGACGAGGAACCAACAGAUCAGAAUGACAACACAGAUCCUACAUGGGAGUUUUUGGAAUCUCAGGACAUGUCAGGCCCUAUGCAGAGCGAGCAGACACCUGUUCUGCCCCCUGGCUGGGAGGAGCGUCAGGAUAACCUCGGAAGAACCUUCUAUGUCCACCAUGAGAGCCGAACUACACAGUGGCGACCGCCGACGUUACAAGACAAUAAUGUGGACACAAGGCGACAACCCAGUACAAGAGAGACGGCGCAGAAUUAUAUUACACGCAGACAGAUCUCAGACCCUGAUGAGACCUCUGCGCAAGAUGAGGAAUGGGACGUUUUUAGAGAAGACGAAUUCUGUUUGAACCAGGGCAACCAGCUCACAUCGCCCCCACCUCAGAUGCCCCCGGAGAUGCAGAUGUUGAAUGACGAGCUAAGAAACUUUUAUAUUACAGGGGCCACAGCUUGCGAGCACCAGGUGGAUCAUGCGUGUAAUUCGAGCCAUUCCGUGCGCACAAGAAGUUUUCACACGUCACCAGCAGAGGAGCAUCCUGUUAAUUCUGUGGUGCUUGGGACCUCUGGGGGGCUGUCUCCAGGAUGGGAGGAAAAGAGAGACAGUAAAGGAAGACGCUAUUAUAUCAACCACAACACCCGAACCAGCUCGUGGAUACGGCCCCAGGUGCAGAGAACACAUUCAGCAUCAGCGGCCACACAGAGCAGGGCUAGUACACCACCCUUACCGUCCGUCCCCCCUGAAGCAUCUCCACAGCACACUCCGAGCCCGGAAGCCGCACCUGAAUCUGGCUCCAUGCCAGUUGGUUGGGAGGUCCGCAGUGCUCCCAAUGGAAGACCCUUUUUCAUUGACCACAAUACAAAGACUACAACCUGGCAAGAUCCCAGGCUUACGAUUCCUGUUCGUGUGAGGAGUAGACCCACACUUGACCCCUCCGAUCUCGGCCCAUUGCCACCUGGUUGGGAGGAGAGGGUCCACACAGAUGGGAGGAUAUUCUACAUUGAUCACAACACCAAGACCACACAAUGGGAUGAUCCUAGGUUACAAAACUCAGCAAUAACUGGACCAGCAGUGCCUUAUUCCAGAGAUUAUAAGCAGAAAUAUGACUACUUCCGCAAGAAGUUGAAGAAACCAGACAACAUCCCGAAUAGAUUUGAGAUGAAGGUGAGACGAAAUGCAGUGCUGGAGGACUCAUACCGGCAAAUCCUCCUAGUUAAGCGGCCAGACUUGUUGAAAGCACGACUGUGGGUGGAGUUUGAGGGAGAAACCGGUCUGGACUAUGGAGGCUUGGCCCGGGAGUGGUUCUUCCUCAUGUCCAAAGAGAUGUUCAACCCCUACUACGGACUCUUUGAAUAUUCUGCCACGGACAACUAUACACUGCAGAUUAAUCCCAACUCAGGUCUAUGCAACGAGGACCAUCUGACUUACUUCAAGUGUAUUGGCCGUGUGGCAGGCAUGGCCGUCUGGCAUGGAAAACUGCUUGAUGCUUUCUUCAUUCGGCCUUUCUACAAGAUGAUGCUGCAGAAACCCAUAACCCUGCAGGACAUGGAGUCCGUUGAUAGUGAAUAUUUUAAUUCACUAAAGUGGAUUUUGGAGAACGACCCAACUGACCUGGAUUUGAUGUUCACCAUUGACGAGGAACUCUUUGGACAAACUCACCAGCAUGAGCUGAAGCCCGACGGUGCAGAGAUUGUUGUCACUAAUGACAACAAGAAGGAAUACAUCCAUCUUGUGAUGCAGUGGCGCUUUGUAAACCGAAUCCAGAAGCAGAUGACUGCCUUCAAGGAUGGAUUUUUUGAGUUAAUCCCUCAAGAUCUGAUCAAGAUCUUUGACGAGAACGAGCUUGAGUUGCUCAUGUGUGGUCUCGGAGAUGUGGACGUGAACGACUGGAGACAGAACACCAAGUACAAGAGUGGCUACAACUCCAACCACGUAGUUAUCCAAUGGUUUUGGAAAGCAGUACUGCUGAUGGAUGCCGAAAAGCGAAUUCGUCUCUUGCAGUUUGUGACUGGAACCUCCAGAGUCCCGAUGAACGGUUUUGCAGAACUUUAUGGAUCUAAUGGUCCACAACGGUUCACCAUUGAGCUGUGGGGAACGCGUGACAAACUCCCCCGAGCACACACAUGCUUUAACCGUCUGGACCUUCCACCCUACGAGUCGUUUGAGGAACUAAGGGAGAAACUUCACAUCGCCAUCGAGAAUGCACAGGGCUUCGACGGCGUGGAUUAGUCUAUUCGCGGAUACAAAAGUGAGAAGCCAAGCGGCGCCGGAUGUUGUGAAGUUCCAAAUUACAGCUGUCGGCUGUAAGACGCACAAAGGGCCGACACGUAGCCCUCACUUCGGUCAACACAAGGAAUGGCGACGUCUGGAGUGAAAGGUGUCUUAUCGCUGCUAGUGUUCUGAAUUUUACAAAUCAGGGUCUUUUCAUUUAAUGUGAAAUGACAAACACUAGCCAUGAGACCAGAGCCAUAUUAAAAGUUUUCAGGGUGUCUGUGGACUUGCCCCCUUAUGUCCAAUCGCCUGUAUUAUUGCUUUGGAAGUUGCUGUGAGCCAUUGAAAUAAAUGUUUUUUUUUUGUUUUCAUCUAAUGUAGAUUUAAAUCAAAUAAUAUCUUUUUAAUGCCUAUUUGGCGGCCGAGCAGUGUGGGACCCUGUGCAAGCCUGUGCAUUAUUCCGACCCUGCAUGGGACUAUUACGUAUAACCAAAACAUUAAUCUCAUGGCUUUGGUUUCACAUUACACUUUUAUGAAAGUUGUCCUUCUACUUCACUUUAGCAAAGUAACGUCAUGUAAAAAGUAAAGAGUUAAUUGUGUAAGUGACAAGUAUUGUGGGUCCAGGUGUGUAAUCACUGCCCGCGUCUAAUAGUAAUUUAAACAUUUUUUUUAAAAUGAAUAACAGGCAUGACAGUGAAGUCAUCCGAUUCAUUAGUGAAUUAAACUGGUGCCUCGAGAUACGAGUUUAAUUUGAUCCGUGACCACGCUCGUAACCCAAAACACUUGUAUCGCAAGUCAUAAUUUCUCAUUGAAAUUAAUGGAAAAGCCAUUAAUCUGUUCCAGCCUGAAACAAAAACAAGAAAAUAUUUUCGAGUGUGUUUUUUAAUAAGAAAAAAUAUUAUAUAUUGUACUUUAUAAAAACAUACAAUAUUGACAUUAUUAGAAUGUAAAUAAUUAAACAGUUUUUGGACAAUGGACUCUGCUAGUCCUUCUAGUGUGUGUAUGUUUUGACCACCUGAGGGCAGUAUAAUGCAGAUAGAAUCAGAAUCAUCUUUUUUAUUGUCAUGAACAUGAAAUUUGUUCUCUGCAUUUAACCCAUCACGGUUAACACAUGUUAGUGGAACACACUGGAGCAGGGGGCAGCUGAAGCGCCUGGGGAGCAUUUCAGGGUAUCAGUGUCUUGCUCAAGGACCCCACAGCCGUGAGUCCGGGGGAUGUUGGCGGAUGGUCCGGUCGGGGUCUUGAACCUAGGUCCCCCACGGUGGCAGGCGAUGAUCUUAACCAUUGGGCCACGGCUGCCCAUGGUUUCCGUAUACAUGGAAACGGGUCAGUCCUCAGCAAGCCACACUAAUAUUACCUGAAGUCUUUCGUAGAGGAUUAAAAAAAAAAUGUAUGCCCGGGAGUACUAUUAUACUAGCUUUAUACAUAUCUUGCCCCACUGUUUGUGUUCAAAUAUUCAUUGUUUGAAGGGUUAUUACACCACCACAUAGAUGCUAUUCAAUAGCCUGGCGUUUGUUUUAGCAUUAAGCUUGUGGGCUUAAAGGCAAUAUCGUGUGGUUGUUUUGAAUGCACAAUGUUUAAUUCCCUUUGUUUUUUGUUGAGCUUGACACUAAACUUCAACUGGGAUUGACAAUGAACAGCUUGAGUUUUCUUUUUUUAACAAUUUUUCAUUACUGUAUCUGCCAAACUGCUGCUUGUUGCGAAGUUAGUUGAUUGACUGGCACCGCGAGUUUUUGCUCGCAAGUCAAAGCAAAAGGCGGCAGAACAACGGCUCAUAUCUCGAAAAACUCGUGAGUCGGGUCACUCAAAUCUCAAGGCACCACUGUAUUCUUAAAUUAAAAUCUAAUCCGACAUUGAAGUCUUUUUUUCCUUGAAACAGGGGUAAAAUGUAUUGUUUCUAUUAAGUUGUAUACAUGCUUUUACAUUAUUCAUUCCAGUAUAUUAGACACAUCAAGGUGGGAAGUGUAUGCCCCUUAAAAACACAAAAUGUGUGGGGUAAGUGCAAGUAAGCCAAGUAUGUGUAGUUUAAUGGAGUUAGAAAUGUACCAAUGCCAGGACCAGUUCAAUGCUUGACGAAUUCUAGUCCACAUCCGUGUCUGUGUGCAGAUGCAAAGUAGUUUGAGUAUGUUACAGUACUAUGCAUCAUUUUAUAUGCCUCUCUUAUUAGACACAAUUAAAUUGUUGCCUCCUACAAAAUGAUGAAGCUUUUAUUAUGGCUGUACAAGUCACUCAAAGCCGGUCCACCGCUACAUAAAUCAGCCUUUUUGUUUUUUUCUGCUCAUUGUGAAGCAUGUUCCAACACGUGACUGUAUCAUUUAGCAGGAGUCUCACUGCAGCACUCAAUUGAAAACUGUGUUUAUGUGCAUUGACGAAUUGUCUACAUAUCAUACUGUGUAUCCACAAUGGACUUUUCAUACAGUGGUAGGUCUAUAGGUUUUUAAACAAUGUUUUAUUCUUUUCUCAAUGGUAAGAUGUGUUUACACCGCAUGCUGUGUUUAGAGGUUGUUGACAAGGGCGGGUGUUGUGGGCUGGUUCUCGUCACUGACAACAAAGCUAUGUGAUGCUUUUAUAAAGUUGCGCACUUUGUAUCAACAAGUCUUACUUCUGGAGUGUCACCUGCACACUUCUUAAAAUGAUCCUCUGCUUCAAGUGCACCUGUGGAAAAGUUUACAUGUGAACAUUGCUGAAAUGAAGCACAUUCUUUUCUUUGUCUCUCGUAUUGAAAACGAUAUAUGGUCUCUCUUUUGUCAUGUACAAUAGCUAUCCUUUAUGUUCUAAUCCUGAAAAGCAAGUACUGUUAUGUUAAUUUCGUCGAUGAGAUAAUAACACUUAAUAUCUGGACUGACAUUUUCUUUAAAAUGUCACCUGUAAGUCCAUUAUAGCUAACAUUCAUGCUACAUAAUAUAUAUUAAAAUAGUUUAAAGUGUGGAAUGAAAUAUAGUUUUCGAAAUUUUAAUUUGCUGAUAGCACAGCAAACAAAUUGAGAUAUAUUUCACUAAUAAAGCAAUGUAAAAACAACUGCAUCUCCAUCA